AUGUCCUUCUCUCCUUCGCCAACUCAAACCGGUGAUCUAGGACUGUGCACCAGUCCUAAUUCAAACAAUGAGCUUUCCUGGACGCCAGGCAAGCACGUCCAUCCACGACAGUGGCGGUAUGCACGAAAGACAUACGACACGUGCAUCAUCAUGUUCUUGGAAUUCUUCACGUAUCUCGUCGGCCAAACGAUUGGAGGAGUCUUCUUUCCCCCUUGGUCAGAGUCUUUCGGCCGCAAGAAGCUUUACGUGAUCAGUACCGGCAUGUACAGCUUAUCCUGCAUCCUAGUAAGAACGGUGCCUACAAUCCCCGGGAUUGUUGUUGGGCGCUUCGUUGGUGGCUUGCUCUCCUCUAUGCCGACUGUCGUGGCUACGGGCAGCAUCGAAGAUCUGUGGGAUACGCAUGAGCGGGUGUGGUGGGUGUUUUGGUGGGCAUUGUUGGCCAACCUUGGUCUCCUGACGGGGCCCGUCUUUAGCGAUCUGAUAAUGGCAUCAGCUCCCUGGCCGUGGGUCUUCUAUACGGCAGCGAUUGUCACCGGGUGUGUGACGAUUCUAUUCCUUACGACCAGAGAGUCACGUCCCUCGGUCGUGCUGGCCAAUGCCAAGGCUCUGUCCGACAUUCAACGCUCAAAAGGGGAAAACCCCUCAAAGAGCAAGCGGCGUACACCCAUCCGGGAGCAACUCGACCUCCUUAGGCCCCUCCGCUUCCUGUUUACCGAGCCAAUAGUAUUUCUGGUUGCCAUCAUCAGCGCGAUCGCCUUCGGGCUCAUCUACCUUUUCACGGAAGUGUUGCCGCUGGUAUACAUUGCCUUGGGCUUCGACAACGGCUGGAAGAACCUGCCCUUUCUAUUCCUUGCAAUCGGCAUGGUCCUCAGCAUACUCACGCGGUUCUACGAUCGCCACAGACUUGAAACACGCUCCAAAGCAUCUUUACCCAUCACCCCGGAAUCCAAGUUUGCCGGGUAUGUCAUUGGUGCCCCCCUUUUGGCUCUAGGCCUCUGGUGGUUUGCGUGGACGAUCCCGCCAGCCACGUCGGUUCACUGGGCCCUUCCGGCGAUGGCCCUGAUACCGAUAGGAUACGCGGUCAACGAGCUCGAUUACGUGUUGGCCGGGUACCUAUCCGAUUGCUACGAGACGUACACGGCCAGCAGCUUCGCCGCAUUGGCUCUGACCCGGUCGUUCUUCUGCGCAACCUUUCCGCUUUUUGGCAGGGCCCUAUUUGACACACUAAACUUCAACACCGCGACGUCCAUAUUUGCUGCCUUGGCAACAGUGCUCUGCGUCGUGCCCCCAAUGUUGUUGCGGUAUGGGAGUUGGCUAAGGGAAAGAAGUGCUUAUACGGAUAAGUAA